UAAGUUUCCGUUUUCAUUGGUAAUAGAGUUCUAGUUUCGACUCAAUUUAAGUCAGUAUUGAUAAAAUAUCAUGUCUCAUAUUUCUUCGAUUCCAGGCGGGUUACGCGCAGGACUAAACGUAACUAUCAAAGGACAGGUUCCAGCAGACUCAGAUGACAAGUUCGUUAUGAACUUCCAAACAGGAGAUCAAGAUACUAAAAACAUCGCAUUUCAUUCCUCGCUAUACGUACAAACAGGUUGCAUCGUAAGAAAUAGUAAAGUAGAUGGAACCUGGGGAACCAGCGAUAUUAGUUAUAUCUUAAAGGUUAAGGCAGGACAACAAUUUCUGAUAAACAUUGCUGUUAAAUCUGACGUAUAUGCUGUUACAAUUAACAAUGAAACCCUUUACGAAUUCGCACACAGGGUUCCUUUGGAUCAGACGGACCAUCUUUUUGUAUAUGGGAAUUGUACCAUAGAUUCAGUGAUUUUUGAGUAUUCGGAAACCGUUGAUACACGCAUCCUGAACACCACUACACAAUAUUCCUACUCUAAUGCCUGAAAAUAUGAAAAUUCAGUAUAUAUGUAUUUACAGGGUGAGUCUUAAAUAAGUGCAAAUAUUUUCAGGGGUGGUAUAUUUCGACCCCAGGAACACGUCUAUGAGUUUUUUUUUCGCUAAAAAAAGAUGUUGAAAAUAGUGCAUUUUCUUUUUAAUUUCCCUGUAUAUUUUCGAAAACUUUUUAGAACUGCCUGUUCACCGCAAAUUUUCCCACGGUAUAAUUUCUUAAUCUCUGAUAUUACGGUUACGGCAAUAAAAGGGAUGCAAAUACAGAAAAAAUCCGGUGGCUCUCAAAAUUUAAAAAAAAAACAUUUUUUUUUAAAUUUUCAAACUUAAAUAAUUUGGUUAUUUUGGACUUAUCUGAAAAAUGAUAAAGAGUAAAAUAAUUUUUCUAUCAGCCCUGAAAAUAUUUGCACUUAUUUAAGACUAACCCUGUAUAUAUUUUAUUAUUAAAUACUACUAGUAAUAUAAUGUGUUUAUAAUUAAAAAAAUUGUAAAAUAAAUAGUAUAUACAAUAGCAAAUAUUAUGUAUAGUUUUAUUAAGACGACUAUUAAAUCUACGCAGAAUAUUAACUACAUCUUAAUAUAGUUUAAAUUUGUUUGCAAUGUGAAAUAUUAACCAAAUGUAUUACCUAUUACCGGUAAAUAUCUAUCAAUAGAAGAGGAAUAAACAUUAGAGAUAG